UGCAUCUAACCUGAAUAAUCUAACUGCAUUUAUAGAACUAGUGGUUCAGAUGUGAUUAAACAGUAUUAGAUCAGUUGAUACUUGGCUCUUUUCCUAAACAUACUGGCUCAGAUGCAGAUAUGAGGCUUUCAGAGGUGACUAAGCAUGUUGUGUUAGGUGUGUUUGCUUCCUCCACCAUCACCUCCCUGCUGGGGGCGUGAACGUUGGGUAAUGUUUUAGUUGUCCAACAGAGUCGCUGUGGGAUCAGUUCUGCCCCCCUGUGGGUAAAGUAAACCAGUGCAUGGGAGCUGGGAUCCUGCCGUCAAGGUUAGUCAUUAACCUUGUCUUGUCAGUCACUCAGGGAACCGCCGGCGGACAGUGGUGGGUGUGUGUGUGGAAGGCAUGCUGCCUCUCAGCCCUCACAUCUCACCAUGGGAGACUGUAACCACUGCGCGCACGAGCGGCCUUUAACGGCAGAGGACGGCGUCACCGUGGUGUUCCACAAAGUUGACAGCCGUGAACGCAACACCGACGACGACCGAGACGUUGAGGGGACAGCAGAGAGAGUCCAUCUGCACAGGAACUCCAACGUGUCGUCCGGAUGGAAUAAUGAUGAUGAGGAUGAUGAUGAUGCUGAGGAGACGACAAGAAAGCACCGCGUGGACAGCAGACUAUGCCCACCGGCGUCGUGCGUCACAGCCACGAGCGCACGGAAAGGUUCAGACAAACCAAAGAGAUGUCCGGGUUUGGGUUUGUUCUACGCUUUCCUGUCCACAGUUUUUUUCUCCAUCAUUGCUCUUUUAGUAAAAACCAUCGAGGGACUCCACGCCAUAGAGAUCAGCGCCCUACGCUGUUUCUUCCAGAUGCUGUUUGUUGUGCCGCUGCUCAUUUACCACAAGACAGGUUUCCUUGGUCCCAGAGAUAAACGUAUAUAUCUGGUGCUUCGUGGUUUCAUUGGUUCCAAUGCCAUGAUCAUGCUUUUCUAUGCCGUUCAGCAGAUGCCGCUGGCAGAUGCCACAGUCAUCAUGUUCAGUAAUCCUGUCUUUACCUCCCUCCUGGCCUGGAUAUUUCUGAAGGAGCGAUGUACAAUCUGGGACUGUGUCUUCACUGUUUUUACUCUCACUGGGGUCAUCCUCAUCGCCAGACCACCAUUCCUCUUUGGCAAACACCUCGGUGGCAUUGAGGGAAACUACACCAACCACAUUAAGGGGACUGCCGCUGCCUUUGCAGGUGCAAUUGGAGCUGCUUUCACUUUUGUUGUUCUUCGCAAGAUAGGAAAGAGUGCUCAUUACUACCUCUCUGUCUGGUAUUACGCCGUCAUUGGACUCAUGGAGUGCAUCAUUACUCUAUCCGUCCUUGGGGAAUGGAAGCUUCCCUCCUGUGGCCGCGAUCGCUGGUUGCUGAUGUUGAUCGCGGUCCUGGGUAUUGCCGGUCAGUCCUUCCUCACAAAGGCCCUGCAGAUCGAGAAGGCCGGACCUGUGGCUCUGAUGAGGACUGUUGAUGUGGUCCUGGCGUUCAUCUUCCAGUUCAUUUUCUUUAACCGUGCGCCGACCUGGUGGAGCCUCGGAGGCGCACUGUGCGUUGUGGCGAGCACCAGCGGAGUAGCGCUUAGAAAAUGGUACAGCAACUCUCGUAAGAGCUGAGAGGGAGAAGAGUGAGCACAAAAUAUUCAAACAUUACUUUUUUUUUUUCUUCCAUCACUAUUAUAUGUUUCAUUGCGACUUUCAGACUCUUCUAGAUCUUUAGAGAAUUAAUCACAAAAAUAACCAAGUACAUUAAAAAAGGGCUACGAGGUUGUGGCAGUGCAUCCUGGAUAAUUGUAAGACAUGACUUUUUGUGAAAAUGAACAGAAUUCUAAAAAAUACUACAUCAAGGUUGCUUACCCACACCUUAUCCUGCUUUUUCUGCAUAAGUCGGGGACAUAUUUAAGAAAGGAUGUCCUCAGUCCCACCCUCCCUUUGCCUUAACCUCAAUGAACUGUCCAAAGACAAUCCUUCACUGUGGUUUUUGCUGCUUUGGGACCACUCACUUUGUGUCUUAACUCCAGCAAAAUCAGCAAUAGUAGCACUUAAAAAUUUCCUAUGCAUUAAUCCGAUGUUUAAGUCAAAAUAAGAGAUGGAAUUUAGUAUUAUAGUAUAAGUACUAUUAGAGUUACGUGGUUGUACGGGUCAGCAGGGCCAUUCACUCAGGGACUCUGGCCUUUUUCUGAUGCCAAAAUUAUAAUGCAGCUCCAUAUUAAUUCACCAAGCAUUUAUUCCAAAAAAGCUGGAAUUCACAGAUGCAGCACAAUAGUAUGAU